UUAGUUCAGGCUUUGCUUCUUCGUAGCAAUUUUUACAUAGAGGUCAUGAUUGCAGUCUUGGUCAUGUUAACCUAGUCAUAAAUUAACUGAAACCGAGUUGCAGAUGAAUAAAUGAUCAUUCGUGCUGUGUAGAGGAACAGCCAGUUAGCUGUGUAGAAGCGAACAAAAAGCUAUGCGACAAGAAUGGCUUCUUCAACGCCAGCAUCACCGUCAGAACUAAAUUUUGAUGGAGAUGGAGAGAUUGGGAAAAUGUUCUCAACAGUGGAGGAACACCCUGAACAGAUAGAGGCGAUUACAACAGGGACUAUUCCCAAAUGGAUAAAAGGAGGAUUACUAAGGAAUGGGCCUGGGAAAUUUGAAGUUGGCGAGGACAAAUACAACCAUUGGUUUGAUGGCCUUGCCCUAUUGCAUCGAUUUGAUUUUGAAGACGGUGUCGUCAAAUAUCAUAGUAAAUUCUUAAAAAGUGAUUCCUAUGUCAAGGCCAUGGAACAGAAUCGAAUUGUAAUAUCAGAAUUUGGCACAUUUGCCACCCCAGAUCCAUGCAAAGGAUUUUUGGAUAGAUUCUUAUCCAAAUUCAAGCCAUCUGUAUCAGACAACAAUAAUGUGAAUAUAUUUCCCAUCGGUGACGGGGUUUAUACAGCAACUGAGACGAGUCUUCUGCGGAGAAUAGACCACGAAACACUUGAUACGGAGGGCAAGGUGGAUUUAGUGAAUUUGGUUUCUGUAAACCUAGCGACGGCUCAUCCUCACUACGACCAGGACGGGACGUACUAUAACAUUGGAAGCAAUUUCAAGGCUGGUCUAUAUCAUGUUAUCAAAGUUAAACCUAACGUAAACGUGUCGGAUCCAGUUGAAGGUGCAAAAAUACUAAAUACAAUUAAAAUGGAAAGCAGGGCCAAACCAGGCUAUUAUCAUAGUUUCUCUAUGUCUGCAAACUACAUUAUCUUCCACGAACAACCAUUGCGGAUGAAUCUGUUGGGUCUGAUGGUGAGGCCGUUUUUCAAAACGGCGAUUGACAAAUUGAUGAUCUUUGACAGGAAGCUGAAAUCAAAGUUCCAUAUCUGCGACAAAAACACAGGAGAAACAUGGCAGCUGAAAUUUGUAAUGGAACCAUUUUUACACCUCCAUACAAUGAAUUCAUUUGAAGAAGAUGGUCACCUGGUCGUAGAUAUGGCUUGUACUGACGAAGCCUCCCCAUACGAUGACUUCUACCUAAGUAGCUUCAAGAAAAUGUCUGCGGAUGAUGCUGCACCAAAAAUGAAGGAUGUUAAGUUAACACAAGUCCCACGGAGAUUUGUGAUCCCAUUAGAUGUAACACCCGAAAGCUCUAAAGAUGUCAAUCUUGUCACAUUAUCUGGAACAACUGCCACUGCGAUCCUAAAAGAGGAUGGCUUUGUCCACUUGACUUACGAGCCUUUAUACACUGAUGAAUUUGUGAAGUUGAGUAGUGGUUUCGACUUUCCAAGAAUAAAUUACGACUUUUACAACACAAAGCCGUACAGGUAUUGCUACGGGGCUGGCUUUGAUAGGAUUCUGGUGGACAAGUUGAUCAAACUUGAUAUUUCUACAAAGAGCGGAAAGGUGUGGAAAGAGGACGAGUAUUACCCAUCAGAACCAGUAUUUGUUCCUUCACCCAACGCUACUGAAGAGGAUGAAGGUGUGGUAUUAUCAGUGGUUAUAAGCCCAAACAAUGCCAAACCUACUUUCUUGUUGGUUCUUGAUGGCCAGAGCUUUACCGAGUUGGGCCGAGCGACGAUUCCCUACGACAUCCCGUUUGGCAUGCACGGGAUGUUCAUGUAG